UAAUUGGAUAUAUGUAUGAGGGAAUUAAAUGCGUAUCGGUCUCGAACGGCGGUGUUCAGCGGCGUUAUCGAUAAAAACCCCAGGGUUUCUUGAAUUGUUCCUAGCUUUUUUGUUUUGUCGAUGGUCGAAAUAAUUAGUGGGAUCACUAGUAACACAGCUUGGCUUGAAAUCGAGAAGGAUUUCUGUUUUCGGGGGAAGCGAACGAUCGAAUGAGGGUUUAUGGUGGGUUCUUAGCUUCAGAGAGCGGUAAUUAUGAUAUAUUCUUUCGUUUUGAACCGAGAAAGACGGGGUUGUACUUCGUCUGGGUAUCGAAAAUAGGAAUUGGUCUCAAGAAUCGUUCUUGUUAGGUUUUCUGAAUUCUUGUAUUGCAAGUUGAUCUCCCUUCUUUUUUCAUCUUUCACUGUUCUAAGAAUACAAAAAAUUGCCUUUGAAAUAAGAAGCAAUAAACCUAUCAUUGUAUGGUUACAAGGAGGGAGGAGAAGUGGAUGUCAUCAAGACCGAAUCUUGUUAAAUAUUGUUUGGGUUCCUGAAUGCUUGACCCUUGUUAAAUAUUGAUUGCGUUCUUGAAUACUUGAGUCAACUUAUCUAGUAGUGAUGCUAUCGGAGCUGUAAAUAAUUUGGUUGCGAGGUUAUUAGCAAAAUAAGGGUAUAAUGUAUGUUGUGAAUUUGUUAGACUGAAUGUUGGCAUCGGGGAGGGGGUGUAGAGAUGAACUCCACAAUGGAUGAGAUCAAUCUCCUUCGCCAGGCCCAGCGCCAUCACAUGGUGGUGAGGGGGAUAGGGGAGGAAAUUGAUUUAGAGAUAGGGCCUGGCGAUGAUGACCCUUCGUUUUCCAGGACCACGCUUGUUGGUGUACAUGCACAAGAAUCUACUGCUCCCGGAGAGAAAGAAGACCACAAGCAGCUUCUUUUGGCCUCUCAGGCCCCUAACGAAGGGCAGCAGGAGCUUGUGAAGCUGCCACAGGCAAAGAGAAAGAAGAAGGUGGUGAAAAAGUGGAGGGAGGAGUGGGCGGAUACCUAUAAGUGGGCUUAUGUUGAUUCUGUCGAUGGCAUGAAUAGGAUAUUUUGUUCUGUUUGUAGACAGUAUGGGAGGAAGCACAGGAGGAAUCCAUAUGGGAAUGAGGGAAGUAGAAAUAUGCAGAUGAGUGCGUUGGAAGAACAUAAUAAUAGCUUGCUCCACAAGGAAGCUCUUCGGCUUAAAAUGGCAUCCAAGGACAAGGGUCUGCCUGCUGCUGAGAGACCUGUCUACGUAAAAGCAUUAAUGUUAAAGAGUGCUGGAUCGAUUCUUGAAUCCAUUUUGAGAAGGGAUCCUCAUGAAGUUGAGUUCAUACAGUAUGUGCAAGAUGUGGUUCAUUCUUUAGAACCUGUGUUGGUGAAGAACUCUCAGUAUGUUCACAUCUUGGAGCGCUUGUUAGAACCUGAGCGAGCAAUAGUCUUCAGAGUGCCAUGGGUUGAUGACAGGGGAGAGAGGCAUGUGAACCGUGGCUUUCGCGUGCAAUUCAGCCAGGUGCUGGGUCCAUGCAGGGGUGGCCUUCGUUUUCAUCCAUCCAUGAACUUAAGCAUUGCCAAGUUUCUAGGUUUUGAGCAGACUAUGAAGAAUGCUCUAUCACCAUAUAAACUUGGAGGAGCUGCAGGAGGAAGUGAUUUUGAUCCAAAAGGAAAAAGUGAGACCGAGAUAAUGCGUUUUUGUCAAAGCUUUAUAAACGAGCUAUAUCGAUAUUUGGGGCCUGAACAGGAUCUUCCUGCAGAAGAUAUGGGUGUUGGUCCAAGGGAAAUGGGCUACCUCUUUGGGCAAUAUAGACGCAUCGUCGGUCUCUUUCAGAUUUUAUUGUUAUGCUUAUGCAGGGAAGUUUUUACAGGACCAAAGAUCUUCUGGUCAGGUUCUAGUCUUCGAACUGAAGCUACUGGAUAUGGACUGGUUUUCUUUGCACGCCUUAUUCUUGCUGAGACGAACAAGGAACUCAAAGGAUUAAGAUGUGUAGUUAGUGGUGCUGGGAAGAUAGCAAUGCAUGUACUGGAGAAGCUUCUAUCCUGUGGUGCCAUGCCAAUCACUAUAUCAGAUUCCAAGGGCUAUCUAUUAGAUGAAGAUGGAUUUGAUUAUGUAAAAUUUUCUUUGCUUAGGGACAUCAAGGCUCAACAAAGAAGUUUGAGAGACUAUUUGAAAUCAUAUGCACAGGCUAAGUAUGUCGAGGAUGCAAAGCCAUGGAAUGAACAGUGUGAUAUUGCAUUCCCCUGCGCUUCCCAAAAUGAAAUAGAUCAACCUGAUGCCAUUGCUUUAGUUAGUUCCGGUUGCCACAUAGUGAUAGAAGGUUCAAAUAUGCCCUGUACCCCUCAAGCAAUUGAUGUUCUGAGAAAGGCCAAAGUUCUGGUUGCUCCAGCAAAGGCAGCAAGUGCUGGUGGGGUUGCUGUUGGAGAACUUGAACUUAAUCAUGAAUACAAUUUAAUGCAGUGGUCAGCUGAGAGUUUGGAGAAUAAAUUACAGGAUGCAAUGAAGCAGACCUAUCACAGAUCGCUUAAAGCUGCAGCUGAUUAUGGAUUUCUAAAAGACAGCCCAGAAGCUUUGGUGCAUGGAGGAAACAUCUGUGCGUUCCUUAAUCUUGCUCAGGCUAUGAUCGACCAAGGCUGCACAUGAUUCAAGGUUCACAAGAUCUCAUGGUCAUCAAAUUGGAUUAAUCAAAUGGAUCAGGCUCAGAGGAGCAGGUAUAUAUGCCAAGCAUGUAAAAUUCUCCACUGACUUGGUUGCAGCGCGCACAGGUGAAGUCCUGUGUCACUCCACGUUGCUGAAAGUCUUCUUCUUUUCGGCUCAACGGAAUGGAAGAUGCUGCGACAAGAGGCCAAGGACUUGUUUGUAACGUAGACAUAAAUGUGUGGUAGGAUCUAGCAGAAAAAAAAAUCAUCCAGAGAUCUGUUGCUGUCAGGGUAUGCAUCACAUCCAAUUCACAUAUUCACUAUUGUGAAAAUGUAAAGGUGAUUAAGAAUAAAGUAAAUUAUUCUUUACUGGUCUCAGAAAUUUGGAUGAUGACAUAGACCUGUAUUCCAAUUAGUCGGGUUUCUAAACCCAUACAGGCAUCAUUACAUGACAAUUAUGAUAUUUACAUCCCUGCA